CUGUCGUCAGAGACCGCCAUCACAUCCAGCAACCAUCCAGCCAGCCGACCAAUCACAGCAGGCAGACGUUUCUGGGCCAUCCAGCCAGCCGACCAAUCACAGCAGGCAGACACUUCUGGGCCAGCGUCCAGAUCUCCGAGCCUCUCUCCAGUCAUGGCGUUCCCUCGGCUGUCUGCCUCCAUGCUGUUGGCUUCAUUGAUCCUUCUUCUCUACUGGACGACAUCCUCAGCUCGGUUACAUGACCCCCCAUCCCCCGUCGUCUCACCAUCCUACAGGGUCAAGAGAGACCUGUAUUUGAAGAGGGGGAUGGUUUCCGGCACCAGAGAGAAAGUGGAAAAGUAUUUGGCCAUGGGAAAAAGCGUCCUGACUGUCGUCAAAGAAGUGAUUGGAAAGAUUGAUACCAGUAAGUCGUCAGCUGUGAUGAAGAGUCUCUCCAACAUCGCCAGCUUGGCACCCGGCAUCGGAGGUCUGGUCGCCUCUGUUGUCAACAUGGUCUUGAUCUUCAUCCCUCAGGAUGACCCAGUGCUGAACGAGGUGAAGAAAGGGUUUGAAGAAAUGAACAAGAAGUUGGACUCUAUCUCCAUCCAGAUCUCCAACCUGGCAACAGACGUUGAAUGGUUUAACUACGCCAGCGUCUACUCUCAAGAUGAGCUCCGCAUCCUCAACUCCUGGAAGAAGUUCAAUGAGCUUCUUCAGGACAGCCAGUUGGUACAAAGUGAAGAGGACAAACUCCGACUGGCAGAGUUAUUCGCCAACUACUAUGAGAACACAGGAACUGAAGCCAGUGUGGCCAACCUCUACCUUUACCUGACGGUCAAAGACACGUCUCUCAGUGGAAACCUCAACGAACUGCUGAGGAAGAAGUUUAAAUGUGACUUUCAAGAGAUCGGCAAAUAUAACGUCUAUUUCAGUCGUUUGAUGUGGCAGGGGAUGGUGCUGAACCAGUUCUACUGGAAACUGGUCGGGUUGGAUUCAUCAGGUAUAGAAGCCAAACACACCCAGAUGUUCAAGAACGUCUCCAGAGAUCAGAUAUCAGCUCUGAAAUACUGCCUGAACAACCACAUGGAGUAUGUGAAGGAAGAUGUGAAGGAGAUCAGGAAAGGACUCAGUGCUGACAACAGACAAGCCAUCGCUGAUAAGGUGAAAGAGUUUCUAGAUAACAAGUACAACUGGUACAACUGGGUGGUGCUGGUGUACAACACAGACCAGGCUGAUUAUUACAUACUAUAUGAUCUGACUAAGAUUAUAGAGGACACGAUCACCGUCACUGUGGGAUACACUCUGAAAUCAGAAGAAAUAGAUGAAAAUAAAGUUAGAAAAGUAGCCAAUGAAUGCUUUAAAGACAAAUCAUGUAAAAUUAAGGACAAAGUACGUUACUGUGGGGAAAAGUGGUAUCUUAUUAAGGGUAGACAGUUUAGAAGUGUUAUGCCCUUCUCUUACUAUGCUAAAGCGACUCAUGCUGUCUAUGGGGAAGAGUUUGCUGUGGCUCCAGCACCCGUACUCCAACAUGACUGUGAGGGGAGUUACCCGUUGAUGACCUAUACAGGAAAGAUUUCCAUCUAUAACUCCUGGAGGUUGCCUGUCUGCCAAAGUGGAACAUGUAGCUACAGAGGAACGUGCAAGCGGCUGCUGGACUCCAAUGAAUGGAUGUGUGAGUGUCAAGAUGGUUACUAUGGUGAGAGAUGUGAAAAGAUAACCCCCAUUGGCAACGCUACAGUGGUCGAUAUACCAUUUGUUCCUGAUAUCAGCACCAUUGACACCAAAAUGAAAAUGAUGGAGGUCAAACUGGAAAACAAACUGGAAGAGAUUCUCAAGUCUAUCAAUGGCACCACUACAGGUACAACUUGUAUAUCACAAGUUGUUCCUGACAUCGUCAAAAUUGACACCAAACUGAAAAUGAUGGAGAUCAAACUGGAAAACAAACUCAAGGAGAUUCUCAAGUUUAUCAAUGCCAACGCUACAGGUACAACUUGUAUACCACAAGUUGUUCCUGACAUCAGCACCAUUGACACCAAAAUGAACAUGAUGGAGAUCAAACUGGAAAACAAACUGGAAGAGAUUCUCAAGUCUAUCAAUGACUAUGGUGAGAGAUUUGAAGAGAGAACCUCCAUUGGCACCGCUACAGCGAUCGAUUUACAAGUUGUUCUUGAUAUCAGAACCAUUGACACCAAAAUAAAAAGGAUGGAGAUCAAACUGGAAGAUAUUCUCUACAUCCUCGAAUGCAGCAAUCGUGGCUGGCUACCAUGGUGA